GUCCAAUUCACCUCACUACCUGCCUGAACGCUCAUCGCCGCUGCCUGAUCCCUAAAUCACUGCCAGAGCAACCGUGCCUAGGUGCCCACGCUGCAGCACCUAGCGCUUGUUUUCCUCUCCACCCCCUUCCCUCCUCUUAUCUCUCCUCUAGUCGACGCCCAAGCCUCCCCUGUUCUACUCCCAUCAACCGCUGCGUCCCCUUUGCGUACCCCCCUUCGCGUAUCCUUUCGCACCCCCAAGUAAGGCUUACAUACCCGCACACCAGUCGAGCCCACCGAGGCCACCCACCACUCGCGCGACAACGUGCCGUGUUCCCGUCCCGGACAUCAGACACUAGUGAAUUUUUUUUUGCUCCCGUACCCCAUACACAUAAUCCAUCAAAGCUACAGCUUGCUUCUCCGCCUCGGCUCCUGGAGUUCUCACAAAAGUCGCGCGCUCCAGUCACCGGCGACGCAAACUGCCGGCCUCUUCGCCGCGCGGCGUGGCCAGGAGUAGCGGCGCGUCCCAAAUCAAGGGCUGUCACCGUCUAGCUCCUACUCGAGUCAGCAAGGGAAGAUCAAUUCUCCUAUUGCGGAUCCCUACAGAAGGUGAAGUGGGGAUCUCUGGUGGAGUCAAGGCACUUGACCUCAUCAGGAGCAGGAGGGUGCAGGCGCAUGUGUGCACAACGGUGCCCACGCACAAGCCCGCCACAAACGCCGAUCAGGGAUGGCACCUGCAGGAGACUCGCCGUCGGGGCGGCACACCGUCGACGGACUCUCUUCAGAUGCCGAUGUAGCACUGUUACAGCCGUCUACGGUGUCAGCCCAGCACACCAACAGCGGCGUGCGUAGGAAUGACAAGACUGGCUCUCAGUCCGACCUCAGUCCCAAGGCGCAAGCCAUCCGCGAGGCCUGUAAGCUGCGCAGGGUAGACGACCUCAAGGAGCUCGCCCUAUCAAAAGGAGGGUUUCUAUCCGACUCACUCAGGCAACAGGCAUGGCCGGUGCUCCUGGGUCUGGCACCCGAGGAUGAAGUCAUUGACCUAGAUGGACCCUCCGUGACUGACCGAGCCUCGUCUUGGAGGGAGUUGCCACGACAUCGCGAUGAGGACCAGGUGCAACUAGAUGUUGACCGGGCAUUUGUCUACUACCCCAACCUUGAGAAUCCAGUUGAGCUGGAGCGGCGAAAGGCUGACCUCUCAGACCUGAUCGUCGAGGUCCUCAGGCGACAUCCGUACCUGUGUUACUUCCAGGGAUAUCACGACAUCUGCCAGGUCUUCCUCCUCGUACUCGAACCCGCACAAUGUUCCCUAGCGGUGUCGCGACUUUCGGUCCUGCGCAUCCGCGACUUUAUGCUUCCCAACCUGACACCGGCCAUAGCCCAACUGCGUCUGCUCCCGGACAUACUGGACGCAGCAGACCCUGCACUUUGGCGCCACUUGUCGCAGACGGAACCCUUCUUCGCACUCUCCGGCACCUUGACCAUGUACGCCCACGAUGUGCAAACGCUCGGCGAGAUCGCCCGACUGUUUGACGCUCUACUCGCGCUCGACCCGACCUUUAGCGUCUACGUCUUUGCCGCCAUCGUGCUCUCGCGCCGCGACGAGCUAUUCGACACCCCCGACUCGGAGCCAGAGAUGCUGCAUUCGAUCCUUUCCAAGCUGCCUCAGCCCCUCGACCUAGACGCCCUUUUGGCCCGCGCGGCCGAGCUCGUCGUUCGGCAUCGGCCCGACCGCCUCCCCGCCUGGCGUCAUGUCUCGGCCGCCAGCGUGCUUAAGACGGCGCGCGACACGGCCACCUGCGCUGCCCAGUCCAUGUCCUACGGUAGGGCCUGCUUCGACCGCCAGGUUCGCGAGCUCGAGUUUGCUGAAAAGCGCGAUAAACUCAAGGCCGCUCUUUGGCGAUACCGCAGGCCAGCCCGCGCCGUCGCCUUCGCCGUCGCCUUCGGAGUACUGGCUUUCUGGCUCAGGCGCUCUCCCGGUCCUCAGGCAUACGUCACGGACCUGCUGUCCCGCUGGAUCGGGGGCCACUAAUCAUGUACAAUCACCCUCUUGUUCUCCGGAUCAAUCACUAAUACAUAGAAUAAAUGGACUCCGGGCAAAGGGGCCGGGCGAUACACCCAUAGACAUGCCAUCGCUCGGCAGAUAUAAGCGACUCAGCCACUUUAGACUCUCACGAUUCGUCUGUACACAUAGAGGAUACUGAACCCAGGUAGAAAAUCCAUCUCUAGAUGCUCAAAACCUGGAUGGAACUUUUACACACGACUACACCAGUCGAGACCGAGCAGGCAAGGUCUUGUUUAGAUAUAAUAAAAGGCUUU